CCGGAAGCCGGAAGUGUUUACAACAGGAAGCUAGGCUAACAGGCUAACUAAGCAACUUGACUGAGCAGAGUGUUUAAAGUUGAGCAGAACAGCAGCGCGUGGAGUCUCUGAGUUUGUGUUCGCGGGAUCUUCUCAGGAGUCAGGAUGAGUCUGCAGUGGACGGCAGUGGCCACCUUCCUGUACGCUGAGGUCUUCCUCGUUCUGCUGCUCUGCAUCCCCUUCAUCUCACCUAAGAGGUGGAAUAAAAUCUUCAAGUCUCGGAUCAUCCAGACCAUCGCUCUCUAUGGAAACACCUGGUUCAUGGUGGCCAUCGCCAUCCUCGUCUUCCUCCUCAUCGACGCUUUCCGUGAGGUGAGGAAGUACAGCGUGACGGAGAAGGUGGAUCUGACCAACAACCCGACGGCCAUCGAACACAUCCACAUGAAACUGUUCAGAGCUCAGAGGAACGAGUACAUCGCCGGCUUCGCCCUGCUGCUCUGCCUGUUGCUGCGUCGUCUCGCCACUCUGCUCUCCCAACAGGCCUCGCUCAUGGCCUCCAACGAGGCCUUCAAGAAGCAGGCGGAGGGCGCCAGCACCGCCGCCAAGAAAUACAUGGAGGACAAUGAGCUACUGCAAGAGAAACUGCGUGACGCUGGUAUUGAGGUGCCGGAGGCCGGAAAGAAGGGACCAGGACCACAGGAGGAGAACAAGGCUCUGAAGGAGGAGGUGAAGACCCUGAAGGAGGAGCUGGACACCACCAAGAAAGCUCUGCACAAGUCGGACAGUGACGUUCGUGCAAUGAAGAAACAGGCCGAGAAUCUGACGGUGGAGUACGACAGACUGCUGGACGAACACAGCAAACUGCUGGCAACCAGUGACAAGAAAUCAGACUGAGGACGACAAGGACGACUUCCUGCUCCUCCCAUCUCCAUCCUCAUCAUCGUCGCAGUCCUUAAUAAGCAGCUCUUGCAUCAGUGACGUGAUGUCACUUCCUUUUGUUUGGAUUAAAUGACGUCGCCGAGCUGCGAUUGGUUUAUUUCAUGUGGUUUAAAAAAAAUAUCUCAUCUGCCUGUCGGAGCUUCAAGAGAAAGAUCACCGGCUGUGUGUGAACAUUUGUGUGUAACUGACGAGGUUUUUUUUGUUGUUUAUUUGGAGCUGAUUUACUGAGAAACAUCAAACCUGAUCUGAUCAUUCCCCGUUUCCUGCGAAACAUCCUGAACUCCAACACGUUUCUGGACAUGGAAACACAUGAGCUUUAUUCCAAACUCUGAGGUCCAGUGUUUUAUAAAACACCUGAAAUACAAAAGUUGCACAUUGUGGAUUCAUGUCGGGUUAAAACGUCUCCAAACAUUCGUUUCUCUGAAAUCACAGAGUGAAUUUAAAGUUUUAAAUUGAUCCAAAAUGAAUUCUCUCCAGUGAUGAAUGAAAACAAACUGACAGUCUGCAGAGUGACGUUUGAUGAUCACUUUGUACGAACCAAACUAAAGAUCUGUCUCCUCCUGAUUUAAAACCAUGUUUCAUGAUUUAUUAUUUUAUCACCAGUUGACACUGAAGCAUCCACAGACUAAUGUUCUCCUCACGUACAGUGAAAUAAAAGAUUAAAAACUGUUCAGACUUUAGUUCGGCUCGUACACAGUGAUCCUUCACUGUCGUAAUCAACACGGUUCAUUAGAUUUACUGUAGGUUGUGUUUUUAACGUUAGGUUUAAUGUCUCGACGUUUUCAGAUGAAGAUUUUUCUCUUUUGAAAACUAGUUUUUGUUUCAGUCAGCUUCAAACAUCUGAAACUGUCAUCUUCUAAAGAUGUGGAGGUUUCAGCAGAAUGACGUGUGAAAUGUUUAAGACAGAGUGAAUAUCUGCGUUCACUCUGACAGGUGUGUUAGGUGUGUGUCUGUGUGUGUUAUUUGUUUGAUGGAAGUGGUGAGUCUGAACAGACGUGCAGCUGUGAUGAGUCAAAUCAUGUUCACCUGUUUUAUUCUUCAGAACUGUAAAAACUGUUUGUGUUCUGUGCAGCAACUUCUUUCAUGAGUAACUUUUCAAACUGAACUAAAUCAUGUUUGCUGUCACAGCUGAGCUGAUCAGGAUCCAUCCAUCGGUUCAGUUAGAGAUUUUUGUACCUGAAUCUAAACUGGGGAAGAUUUUGGAGAAGAUAACGCUGCAUGUGAGCAACUCAAGAGCUUUAAAGAGUUUCAGAGUUGUCUGUCUGCAAACAGAUCUUUACUCAUCAUGUUUGCAGACGGACGGACGGACGGACGGACAGACAGACGGACAGAUAGACAGCUCAGCUUCAGACACUCAUGCGUCAACUGCGGCUCAGUUGCCGGUCAUUUCAUGUAGCUGCACGGACCUGUGAGGGCCGUCAGUCUCUGAACCCGACCACCUGACCUGUUCUCUCAUCUGUAAUAAGUCCAUGUUUAACUUUAAAUCUUGUCCAGAUUUCGGGUUUACUUACUGUGUUGUUGAAAUAUCUCUCGACUGUGUGUUCCUGUCACAGCUGCACAUCUGUUCAAACUGCCUGAUGUAGCUGUGGCUCAUGUAGGGUUGAGUCCACUCAGCUCUCACUCCACGUCAGUUUACGUCUGUUUUUAUUUUUUAGUUUACAUAUAAUUUCUCAGUUCUGUCACAUUCCCCUCCUGUAUGAUGAAACUUUAAGGCACAAAUUAUUUUGGUGAUUUUGAACUUUUCUGUGUCACGUGUGAAACACUUUGUUGAUGCUGAACGUGCAGAUUUAUCAUGUGAUCACCGCCUUGUGUCUCAGACGUCUGUCAGAAACAGUGUGCUGAUGCUCACACAGAUUCAUAAUGAAACAUAAAUGUAAAGCUGAAACGUGGCUGCAGGCAGAUUUUCUGAAGCUUCUGUGCUUCGUCAGCGUCGUUCAUGUUUCUGUUUAAACACGACUGACGACACAAAAAGAGACGUCGUUUUCUUUCGUUUCAUUUUCAGUGUGUUAUUUUUGAAUAUGGUGAACUUGUGUUGACAGUUGUGUCAAACUGCAGAGGGCGCUGUUAGAGGGAUCAUGUCUGAGGUGAACUGUAUUUGGACUCGUGCUGAAAUAAACCACCAAAGGAGCCUCACAGAGUCGACAGGUAUCUGCUCUCUGUCUCUUUGUCUCACUGGGUGAUUUAAAAAGGAAAAACAAAACACACGAUCAUGGAAUUUCUGGAAAAGUUAUGAAAAUUGUUUUCCAAGCCUGGAAAUGGUUCAGAAAUAACAAUGUUUCGGAAAAGUUUUGAAUGCACGUUAUUUUAUAUUAUUGAAAAUCUGUUUAUAAAAAUCCCAAAAUGUGUUUCAUGAAAUAUAAUCCUCGUAUUUGUCAUGUAAAAUCUUGUGUUGCAAGUUGAGAGUUCACUAGUAUCAUGGAAUACACAGGCCAGGACCAUCGCCAAGGCCACGCCCCCUUUUGUUUCACUGAUCCACUUGGACGAGGAAAGUCAAACGGAACAUGACAACGAUCAGUUUAUUAAAGUAUCAGAUGUUCAGAACGAUUAUCAGCACGUCAACAAAACAAAUGUUUGAUUAACAGGAAAUAAAUUGUGCAUUGAAAUCUGA